GUUGUGUGUGUGUGUUGUGCUUUGGUUGUGCUGCAGCUGUGCUGUGUGCGAGUUGUGAAAAACUGUAUUCAAAAUAAAUAAUAAAAUUUUACAUUUGAAUUUAACAAGAGUACAUUUUUCUGUCAGUAAAAAUGUCCAGAAACAUUUACUGUAACUUUGUCAAGCCUUCCUCGUCGGGUGAAGUUAGUGGCUCGACAAAUUCAUUUGCACAGACUCAUAUAAGUGGAGAAGAAGCCAGGAAAAUAUACAUUAAUGAGGUAAAACACGUUAAAGAUCCAGUUGUGUGUGAUAGCGACGAUAUCAAUAACGUUACUAAGCCAGUAAAACGAAAAAAACUUGUAGUAGACCAAGAAAUAUCUGACAAGGAUUUGUUCAUAUCAGUGCAAAAUGAUGAUAUUGACACAUUGAAAGCAGCUUUAGAUAACGAUCCAGAUAAAAUAAACAAACUAGAUGACUACGGUUGGAGUCUCCUCAUGAUAGCUUGCCAAGCCAACAGCAUAGAUUCGCUGAUAUUCUAUUGAGUCAUACACAAACACAAAGAGAAAAAGAAGUAAAAAAUAAAGAACAGACUUUACAUCAUAAUGAUGAUGUUCGAA